AUGGUUGUACGGCUCCGAUUAUCGAGGCUCGGAUGCAAAAACCGACCAUUUUUUCGGGUUAUGGCCGCUGAUAGCAGAUCCCCAAGAGACGGGAAGCAUCUCGAGGUCUUAGGCUACUUCAAUCCUUUGCCAGGCCAGGACGGUGGUAAGAGAAUGGGUCUCAAGUUUGAUCGAAUCAAGUACUGGUUAUCUGUUGGUGCUCAGCCAUCAGAUCCGGUUCAACGUCUCCUUUUCAGAUCCGGUUUACUUCCUCCUCCUCCAAUGGUGGCUAUGGGACGUAAAGGUGGAGAAAGAGAAACUCGCCCGGUUGAUCCAAUGACAGGUCGCUAUCUGGAUGCAGAGAAAAAAUCGGUUAUCGAUAACCAGCCUAAGGAAGAAGACAAUGCAGAAGAGAAGAGUCCGUAA